AUCCCCUCCCUCUCUCCCCUCUGUGUGUGUGUCUGUGUGUCUGUGUGUGUGUGUGCCCCUCUCUUGUCUCUCUCACACCCAAGAAACGCGGUCCCCUCCGGAGUCCACUCCCGCCCUGUUCGCGUUAUCGACUUUACCCCUCCUUACACUCUGAGCCCGCGGCGUGUCUGUUUUGCUGUUGAGAUUGAAAAGAACUUUCACCAUGGCGGAAUUCGUGCGCGCCCAGAUCUUUGGCACCACCUUUGAGAUCACCAGCAGAUACACCGAGUUGCAGCCGGUGGGGAUGGGUGCAUUUGGUCUCGUGUGUUCGGCCAAGGAUCAAUUAACGGGGCAGCCGGUUGCAGUCAAGAAGAUUAUGAAGCCGUUCAGCACACCGGUCCUGUCUAAGAGAACAUACCGUGAGCUGAAGCUACUGAAACACCUGCGCCAUGAGAAUGUUAUCAGUUUGAGUGACAUCUUCAUCUCCCCCCUGGAAGAUAUCUAUUUUGUGACGGAGCUCCUGGGAACCGAUCUCCACCGGCUGUUGACCUCGCGACCUCUUGAGAAGCAGUUUAUUCAGUACUUCUUAUAUCAGAUUCUUCGGGGCUUGAAAUACGUUCACUCGGCUGGCGUUGUCCACCGCGACCUGAAACCCAGCAAUAUCCUCAUCAAUGAGAAUUGCGACCUGAAGAUCUGCGAUUUUGGUCUCGCUCGCAUACAAGACCCACAGAUGACCGGCUACGUCUCGACACGAUACUACCGCGCCCCCGAGAUCAUGCUUACAUGGCAGAAGUACGACGUCGAGGUGGACAUCUGGAGCGCAGGAUGUAUUUUCGCCGAGAUGCUCGAGGGCAAGCCGCUCUUCCCGGGCAAGGACCACGUCAACCAGUUUUCCAUUAUCACCGAGCUUCUGGGGACUCCGCCCGACGAUGUCAUCGAAACAAUCGGCAGCGAGAAUACGCUACGCUUCGUCAAAUCGCUUCCCAAGCGGGAGCGCCAGCCGCUAUCUACCAAGUUCAAAAACGCCGACCCGGAGGCGGUUGACCUAAUUGAGCGUAUGCUCGUCUUUGACCCGAAGAAGCGGAUCCGUGCUGGUGAAGCUCUAGCCCACGCAUACCUCGCCCCCUACCACGACCCUACAGACGAGCCGGUAGCCGAAGAGAAGUUCGACUGGUCUUUCAACGAUGCAGAUCUACCGGUAGACACCUGGAAAAUCAUGAUGUACUCCGAGAUUCUCGAUUUCCACAACAUUGAUCAAGGGACAGAUGCUGCCCAUCCUGCUGUGGGAGCGGUGGAAGCCACACAACCCAUCGCAUAAGCCGAUUACACCUAUGAGGCCAUGACUAUAUUCGGCCCCCCUGAUGACGUGGUACGGCCUUUUUAAAGCGUUAUCCUUUUAUCCUACCCCCCCGCCUUUUUUCGACUUUGUUUUUUCUUGAUAUCUGGAUGGCUAGAGCUGUGGAGUGGAAGCAUGAUCUACCAUUGACUGUGGACCUUGUUGGUGCUAGUUAUAGCAGACGCUUGUCUUGGGAAGGAUACUGUGACAUUCAAGCUUCCUGUCACGAUAAGCCUUCUGAUCGAGGGCGGUACAC